AUGUACCUGCCGGGCUGCGCCUACUAUGUGGCCCCGUCCGACUUCGCUAGCAAGCCGUCGUUCCUGUCCCAGCCGUCGUCCUGCCAGAUGACUUUCCCCUACUCUUCCAACCUGGCGCCGCACGGCCUUUCAGCGGCGGCAGGGGACGUCCCCAACGGGGCCAGGGCCGGGCCCUCUCUCAGUGGCCUGGGCGGGAGGGUGGCUGGCAGGCACCGUCCUCUCUCACCCCCUUGGUCUCUUUGCCUUGCAGCGGCCCCCCAGCGUUCCCGGAAAAAGCGCUGUCCCUACACCAAGUACCAGAUCCGCGAACUGGAACGCGAGUUUUUCUUUAACGUGUAUAUAAACAAAGAGAAAAGACUCCAACUCUCUCGGAUGCUCAACCUCACUGACCGGCAAGUCAAAAUCUGGUUCCAGAAUCGCAGGAUGAAAGAAAAGAAACUGAACAGGGACCGUCUGCAGUACUUCACUGGAAACCCCUUGUUUUGAGAGCUCCAGGAAGCGCCCCCGCCCCCAGCCCCACUCACCCAUCUUCCUCCCCACCAGCCUGCCCUCCGCAGGCCCCAAGUCCUUGGGUUUAAUGACGCCUCCUCUCUGUGGAACUUCACGCUUCCUUCCCACGGUCAACUCGGGACCUCCCAGCGACCACUGCAGCCUGCGGACGAGGCCGGGGACUUGGCCGAGCGGAUCCUAAUAAGGGGAAAAUGGUAAAUGCAAACGUCCCUUUACAAUUUUACCGCCAAUGUGCUGUUGUUCUUCCUCUCCCUUUCCGAGUCCUCGCGGGGACGCGGCGGGAUCUGUAGAGAGUUAGGCCCCGGGGCUAGAAGGCGCUGGCGUUUUGUUCUGAGUUUGAGACACCCCUUCCUUCCUUCCUCUUCGAUGAAAGCAGAUUAUUUAAACUCUGGGAAAUGUACCUCUGGUCUGUCAUAUCAAGGCAUGAGUCACUGUCUUUUUUGUGUGAAUAAAUGGUUUCUAGUAAAA